AUGGUUGAGACGCUGGUUGUAACUCGAAACUUUGUUGGAUUGCUGGUCAUAGCUACCGUGCCUGGAUCUGUCUAUUUCCAUGGCUGGUACGGGCUAUGCAUAAGCCUUGGCUGGGCCUGCUUGGGUGCGCUGGUCGGCGUAUAUGGCCUCAUGAAAGGGGUGAAGCUCCGGCAUCCCAAACUGAAGCUGGGAAGUGGAGUUGACGUAUCAUUUACCAAGUACUUCGUCUUCGUAAUGGUCGCAGGCAUGGCGGCCUGUGCAGUUGAGAGUUGGCUUGCUAUGGAUCUGGAGAAUACGGGGAAGCGAGUCUCCUUCAUGACAGGAGCCUUUGUGGGCAUUUUUUUCGAGGUGGCCGCCCUGCUUGGACUAACUGUCAGAGCGGAAGAUGUGGGCCUGAGCUCAUGUAGCCGGAUGAACCAGAUCCAUAGGCUGGCAAAAGCCAAAAACCUCUGGGCAGUGAAGGCUGUGCUGCUCACGCUCCGUGCCAGGGAGUUGAGCGCCUUGUCUUCCCUGAUGACGAGAAUGGGCAACACGCUCUGCUAUGUUGUUACCACGCUGCUGAAGGAAACCAGACAAGGGGUGACCAUUGACCCCACCAAUGAGGAGGAGAUUCCCAACAGUAAGGGGACUGCCAACUUUCUGAUCAAGUGGGAGGGUGCCAAGGCGCCCUCGUCGAUCAGUGUAGUGACACCCUCCAGAUCUACACCUAUCAAGGAUAAAGAUGUGAAGGACAAACCCUUGGGCCAGUACUCAGAGGGAGGUUCGAUGCAGCCAGUUGCGGUCUUUGACUGUCGAGGAGCUGAGCCGGUAAAAUGGUAUCCUCUUGGAGUCACCGUCGAGACCAGUUGGGGCAAGUUCGAGAAUGUUGACCUAUCAGAUCCGGAUGGAUGGAUGGAGUGCAGCGAGAAUGGUGACACAGCCACAGUCGCCGACGUAUCCACCUCAGUGCGUCUUCGUAACAAGCAUGCAGCGAUAUCAGAGAUGCCACAAGAGCAUACAAUCGCAGCAAAAGCACCGCAGGCGCACAACGCAGUUUGGUGUGGCUUCGCCAGCUGCAUCGUGCGAGUCGUGAAUCUUCUUGGAGACGCAGACACCACUGCUGCAGUUGCUGGGCUGAUGGCUGAGCCCAAGCAGAUGGCGGGUGCCCUUUAUGGUUGGCAGGGCAUUGCGGGAGAUGACUGGGGGCGCGGCCGUCUGUGUGACUUGCAGCGCUGGGACCCCUUUGCCGAGAUAGGUGUGCGGGCCGCACUCCUUUACCACUCUUUCCCAGCUCAAAGAGAGGUCCAACUUCGCCAAAGCGAGGGCCAUGCAACGAUCCGUGUCUUCGACCAGCCAGAUGAAAAGUCCCGGUCAAUUAUCGGCGACAUCAAAUCCGAGUCGUGUGUUCAGCAAGUCGGCUUGUUCGGCAACUUUGCCAAGGUCGUGGGAGAGGAUCUCCACAGCCAGGAAAUAUGUGGCUGGGUUGGCAUCAAAAAUGUGCUCCAAGAAAUUGGGCAGAAAAUUGAUGCGGGUGAAGAAGAUGAAGGCUCAGAAGGCGACGCUACUCAGAAUGACAUCUAUGAAUGUGCAACGAGGAGUGCUGUGCCUGACAGCAGAUCUCGAGAGAGAGGAGGAUCUUCGAGACGUUCGCUUACAACACCUCCGCCGGCCACCUGGGCCUGGUGA